AUGCUAAACCUUACAGAGGAGGAUGCUGAUUCGUUUGCUAAACGUGCCGAGAUGUACUACAAGAAGAGGCCUCAGCUCGUGAACAUGAUCGAUUCAGAGGACUCAGAAAUUGAUGAUCCCGAAGAAGAAAUUGUAGCAGAGACGAAGUUAAGAACGACGCCAGAUGAAGGGAGUAACGGUCAUUUGGUGAAACUGAAACAAGAACCGGAAAGAUUCAAAGAGGAGAAUGCUAAACUUAGAGUUGAAAUAGCAGGGAAAAAUGAAGAGGAGGGAGGUCAUCAGACAGCUUGCUUUGUCUUUGGAUAUGCUGAAGGAGGAGAACGUUACCUUGUUGCAAAAAGGCGGGUCCCGCCGCCCAGCGGCCCCCUCACCCCUGCCCCACGAGUAUGAGAGGGAGUAAAUCACGGUCAUCAGACAGCUUGCUUUGUCUUUGGAUAUGCUGAAGGAGGAGAACGUUACCUUGUUGCAAAGGCGGGUCCCGCCGCCCAGCGGCCCCCUCACCCCUGCCCCACGAGUAUGAGAGGGAGUAAAUCACGGUGAAUACGGGCCCGGCGAUGACAUGGCGGUCGAAGGUGUUUAGCACGGACAGAUAUUGAUGUUAUCGCAAUUGCUGCCGCAGACCUUCGACCUCUCGACCCAUGUUGCAAGAAUACCAUGUCAUAACCGGUUGAUCCCGCCCGUGGGGGCACGUUACCUUGAGGAAAUGCCUCAAGGACAUAGAGAGAAAGAGUGGCUUCUUUGAGCUUAACAAGCUGACCAGGGAUAUGUUCUCUGGAAAGCUGUUUCGUUGGAAAUCAAAGAAUCAAACUACAAUUGUAAGUUUGGCGAACUAAAUCAAUCGA